UACAACAUUAAUUUGUCAUGUUUUGAAUAACACUAAAACAUAAUCACCAUGCUAAUAUACCGAAUCAAUGCCUGAAAGCAAUGCAUAUCGCGAUUACAAACAGUCAAUUGAUGGACUGGCCCGUGAGACUCGCCAAAGAAAGAAGGCGCAACCAGUACACAGCGCAGCCACUAGGCAAGAGAGGUUACGCGGUACGUAUUACCAGUCGCCAUUACUGUGAGAUAGGCUAAACUGUACAGUCGCCCCGAGGUGUACAGUACGUAGUUCACAAGUCCGAAAACUGUACCAGUCAAAAUGAGACAGAAAAUCGAGGAAAUUAUUGGUCAAAGAAACAUUGACAUAAUCCACUCUGCAUAUGUUGUACACACAUUGUACCAACAACAAAAACUUGGAAAAUAUUGUGACCUGAAAGUUCUGGUUGGAGAUAAGCAGUACUUUGUGCAUAGAUGUGUUCUGGCAGCUGCUUCAGCACAACUUGAUUCACAAAUCAAUGGCCUCGACACAAUUCAGUUAGUUGGAGUAACUUAUUAUGGAUUUGAGGGGCUUUUGGAAAUUCUCUACUCUGGAAAACUAAAGGACAUUGCGUGUUUAAGUGACAUAAGAUUCCAACAGAUUGUCAGUGCCGCAGACGCCUUGAAUGCUGAAACUGUUAUGGAAUACUGUACCAGGGAAAGAGGGGAUCUAAUGAACUUGUUAAUGCAUCAAAGUGCAAACAAUGCAGCAAACUUACAAAAACAGAAUUCACCAAAGAAUGAAACCGAAGGAAAUGCAGUGGAAAAUAAAGAUUCGUCAUACAAUAACAGCAACUCCAAUACUGAAACAGACAAUUUGAACACUUGUAGUCCAAACACAGCUGAUGACAUGAAUAAUAAAGAUAUUGCUGAAUACAGAAGAACAAACAGUAUGUCUAGGUCCAGUAGGAGUAGCAAGGAUGAUGGGGAAUAUUUGCACGCACCUGUUGCUGCAGAAGUUGAGGUGAUGGACAAUAUCAAUGGAGAAGUCCCAGAAUCCUCAGGAAACCACACCAACACUUUACCCCCACCUUCUGGAAAUUUGAUUCCUGCAGAUGGCAGUGUUGAACAAAUUAAAGUGAAAGUUGAAAAUAAUCACACGGAAGGAUCUGAAGCUGCUUCAACUUGUAGUGUGUGUGGAGCAGUUCUUCUCAACCCCUUGGAUCUACAGUCUCACAUGCAAAGCCAUGCUGAAGCCUCUAUGUAUAGAUGCGAAAUUUGUGGUUUGCAUUUCAAGUUUCAAACAAAUCUAUUUAAACACAAGAAGCUUCAUAAUUCAGAACUCAUCUGUCAUAUAUGUGGACUGGAAUUUAAGGUUGUAGAGCAGCUGCAAAAUCACAUGCAAAUCUUGCACCAACAAGAUGGUACCUUCAGUGACAGAGAGAACACUCCAUAUUACAAGGAACCUCAACCAGUGCAACCUCCACAGAAAACAAAGCGGAAAACCACAAUCAUGGAUACUUCAGAUAUUACGCCAAUUGCUGUGAACGAUAUAAUGAGAGGACCCAAUGGUAAAUACAACUGUCCUUUAUGUGAAAGAGGUUUUGAUAGAAGAUGGAAUCUCAAGUGUCAUGUUCUUAUCCACACUGCUGCGAGGAGAACCGGUGGUGAAACCAUGAGUGACAUGCGAUACAUUGAAGGAGGGUUUGACUGCCCUGUGUGCGGGAAAGCUUUCCGUAAUUUGCACAACUUACGAAGACACGCGUCAUCACAGCAUGGGAUGUCUGCUGCCGCAUUAUCUGAAGCAAGUGAAUCAAAAUUAAACGAGCAUUCAGCAACCGUUGCAGCAAAGCGAGCGAAAACAGCAACUCAAAGGAAAUCUGAAAAUCCUCCAAGUCUAGAUAACAACUUCAGGUAACUGUACAGAAAACAUUUCAAAGUAUGACGCGUGUAGAAGCCUGUAUUAAAAUAAGAUUCUGCUGCACCAAUAUAUAUAGUAGGAGGGGUUUUAAUAGGAAAAUAACCUUCAUAUUCAUAUGGAAAACUAUCAUACUGAUAUUGGCUGUAAAUAUGAAUGUCACAUUUGUGGCUAAAAAUUUGAUAAAAAAGAAUCCCUGCCACUGUGGGUGUAUGGGGUUCCAGUGAUGCCAGAUUGAAUUGGCUUUUUAUUGUGCAGCACUGCCUUUAGUGUCAGCAUAUUUCUUGUGUUUGAAUUUAUUGCAACGUACCACUCUUCUGUACAGUGUGUGUAAGCUGUGUGUUUUACAGUACAUUCCAUGUGUAUUUUACUGUUUUUCUUUGUUUGAUUCUUUCUUGCAAAUCUGCAAUUUUUGUUGCUGGACACAAAAGAUUUUAGAGUUCUUUUUAGUUUUAGAUUAUAACUCUAUAGAUUCAUUUCUCAGUUCUUUAUUUCUCAUUGUUGUUUAAAUGUAUUUAACUUCAUUUUAAAUAAACGUGCCUUACCACA